UGUUCUUGUUGCGCUUCGUUUUUGCUCCUCUUUUUUUCCCCUGCGGGGUCUGGAUAACCGACCUGUGAAACCGCAGGCACUGAAACAUCGUUGUUAUUCAUCUGCGGCUGAGGAUAUCCACGGCUCUUCUUCGGCCGCUCAGCCGCACAUCACCUGGUCCACAUUUCUUCCAAAUUGGAGCCGUCUGCCGCCGACAUCGAGCGAAGAGGUGCAGCCGAUCCCAGGCCUCCAAUCCAGGGCGGACGGAGGAAAGGAGGUCGCUGGGCAUCGGGAUGGAGACCGCAGAGGGAGCUGGUGGGCCUGGCGGACCGGACGGAUCGGGGCACCGGUUUGGCUGCGCCUCUUUCAACCAAGACUCCACGUCACUGGCUUUGGGAACAAAGGCUGGCUACAAGCUGUUUUCUCUGACCAUGGUGGAAAAACUGGACUGCAUCCAUGAGAGUGUAGAGACUCCAGAUGUUUACAUCGUGGAGCGUCUGUUCUCCAGCAGUCUGGUAGUCGUGGUGAGCACCGCAAUGCCGCAGCGAAUGAACGUCUACCACUUCAAGAAAGGGACAGAGAUCUGCAACUACAGUUACCCCGACAACAUCCUUGCUGUCAAGCUCAACAGACAGAGACUCGUGGUGUGCCUUGAAGAGUCCAUUUAUAUCCACAACAUCAAAGACAUGAAGCUGCUCAAGACUCUGCUUAACACUCCGUCCAACCCCUCAGGUCUCUGUGCUCUUUCUAUCAAUCAUUCCAACUCCUACCUGGCUUACCCCGGCAGUGCCACCAUUGGGGAAAUUAUAAUGUAUGAUGCCAACAAUUUGAACACAGUGACAACGAUCCCAGCUCACGACAGUCCUGUGGUAGCUCUCGCCUUCAACUCCUCGGCGAGCAAACUUGCCAGCGCCUCAGAGAGAGGCACCGUCAUCCGAGUGUUCUCCGUUCCCGAGGGCCUGCGUCUGUUUGAGUUUCGCCGGGGAAUGAAGAGGUACGUCAGUAUAAGGUCUUUAUCCUUCAGCCCUGAUGGCCAGUUCCUUUGUGCUUCAAGCAACACAGAGACGGUGCAUAUCUUUAAACUGGAACAUCUGGGACCAAGUGAAGGGGAUGAGGCUGCCACCUGGACAGCCUAUGUAGGGAAGAUGUUCUCAGCAGCCAGCAGCUACCUCCCUUCUCAGGUAUCCGGUAUGAUGAGCCAGGACCGGGCCUUUGCAAUUGUUCACCUCCUCUCGUCUGAACAGAGGAACGUCUGCACCUUGGCUAUGAUCCAGAAGCUUCCGCGGCUGCUGGUGGCCACGACCAGUGGCCACCUAUUCAUCUAUAACGUGGAUCCACUGGACGGAGGCGAGUGCAUGUUGGCCCAAAAACACAGGCUGUUUGGCAUUGAUGAUGACCAGGGUGAAAGCAAAGAGUCAGAAGGGUCAGAGAUCACAGGGCCAGCACAGGCCUGUCCAUCCUACGCUGCGACGGCUGCCUUACCAGCCUCCAGACCCGUCACUGCCACUCUCACAGGCUAUUCUGAGGAUGGUGGAGCAAAGAAAGGCGAAGUCAUCCCAGAACACGAGUUUGCUGCUGGACCUGUGUGUCUGGACGACGAGAACGAGUUUCCUCCUAUUAAUUGGUGCCGCGACGGGACUGGAGGUGGCCUGGGGAGGCGCUCGUGAGUGGGUAGAAGGAGAGAUGGACAAAAAGACAGGCACCAGCGAAUGAGAUGAGCAGCAAAAAAAAAAAUCUUUCAGGGUGUCACGUUAUUUUUUCAUUCAGAGAGAAAAUAACAUCGAUUUACAUUCAAGAUGACAUGGGAAACAAAACACUGACCAAGAAGUAGAAGUCAAGUAGUAAUUUCAGCAAGGACCAUGAUUUGGUUCUGUUACGUAAUGACUGUGUAAAAGCUGCACUUCUGAUUUUGUCAUAGCACCAACAGGACCUCUGAACUUCCUCUAGCUUGUGGUUGAAUUUCAGAACACCACCUGUGAACUGGGAGGAUAUUUCACCUUUUCUGAUGCUGUUGGCUACUUCAAAACAAAUCAGGGAGUUUAUCUUUUAAGUCAUGCUUGAUGAAAAUAUGAGGUGCAUGCUGGAGCAUAAAUAUAACCACAAUUUUCAUAGCUUUAUUACUUGACAAAUAUUUGUAUUAAGUUACAUUAUUGUAGCAGCAUUUUUUAUUGCCAAUUAUAUCUUAGUUUACAAAUUGUUUUUCUUUUUAUUCUGUAUUGUAUUUCACUGUAUUGACAUGUAUGAAGUGUUUCUGUUUGCCGCCUGGAUGCAUUUCAUAUCGUGUGUUUGUAAUGUAUGUUUGUACCUAUUAUCAUUUGUACAAGAGCAAAGUAUUUUGCUAAUUGCACAAGACCAAAACAAGUCAAAGAAACAAUACUGAAAUAAUGAAUGAUAUUAAUAAUAAUCAUCAUAAUAAUUACUAUUAAAUAACCAUGGUGGAGUAAAAAUGAACCUAUGCAAAGAA